AUGCCUAUGCUAUCGUCCUUGGCCACUAUAUCUGUUAACAAAGAUGGAAAAGAUGGCAAUGCCGCUACCCCCCUCUCUUCUGCUAGUCUAUUUACCUAUGGUCACAUAUCUUCUCGCCCUCGAGACAACCGGUUUAUGGCUCGGCGUAUGGAAGCGAUAGUUGCGAGGCUGGCGGCGGCGACUUCUAGCAGUCGGGGUAAUCGUGCAAUGGCAGAUGCGCGCCCCGCCGUACGCGAGAACGCUGCUGCGAAGGGCGAUUCUGCUGGUGGCGCUAACAAGGCUGAAGGUUCUGAUCGCUUGAGCACAACGUCAACGUCAAUGUCCUCACCCACGUCUACAUCAUCUGAAGACGAGCUUUGGCGAGAAGUCGAGUAUCUGAGCCUGGAACACGACCUGGCAUCCCCUCGUGCCUCACCAUCGGUGUCUGCGAAGAAGGUCCACUGGAACGCGAGCGUGUCCUCGUCUACUCCAGCACCCCUGUCUACAGCCAGGACCCCGUCUAUCAGCGCGGAUUUGUUCGCCGGACCCUCGUCUGCUAAUGCAGCCGCAUCGGGAGCUACUACGCAAUAUUCACACCGUCGCGCUGAGCCACGCUUCGUGUGGGUCGUGCUUCGAGGGAACAAGCUGGGUGUUUACCACUGCCAAUAA